AUGAACAACGACGAAGAUAUCUCUCAACAACCAGGUGUCGAAACAGAUGUGUCUGCCGAUGAAACCAAGAAAAAUGCAUCAGUUAAGAAUGCUUUUGAAGCUUCAAUGAAAGCAAGACAAUUGAAAAGCGAUAGAAAGAGAGCUCGAGCUGAAAGAGCACGUCUUCUUCAGCAGAAGAAAAGAGAGAAAGCUGAUAAAAAAGUAGUAAAAGAAGAAGUGGAAACUGAUGGAAAAGAAGAAGAGGAAGAAGAAGUGAAAAGACAAACCCGAUCAAGAUUCAAUAGUGAAGACGUCGAGCAAAAAUCAAAUUUCAAUGAACCAAAAGCAGCUGAAAAUGUAGAAAAACCAGAGAAAAUGAAAUCGCUUGCAAAACGAAUGCACGAAGCGUUGGCGAAGAAACGCGCUAAAAAAGCAAAGCGUGUUGAAAAUCUCCGCGUGGCGAGAGAAGAAAAGAACACGUUUUUGAAUCGAAACAGAAAACCGCCAUUCGAUUUUCCGUUCAAAAAAAGAGAAUUUCCUUUGAUUAGACCGGAAAAAGAUGAAGAAUGGACUUGGAGAAUCAAUCAUAUUGAUGAUUACAAUAUGGAAGAGAUGGUUGAAGAAGUUGAGGCGGAAGAGCCAGAUGCUAUAGAUUCAAUCACAGUUGUGAUUGUGGUCAAAGAGACGAAGUUCUAUGUAUUCCAGUUGCUUCUCGCUGCGCAAUCCUCAUUCUUCAAAUCUCUUCUUAAGGAGCAUUCGGAAAAUACAAAACUCGAACUAGCUGAUAUCGAACCAGAAGAUUUUCAAGUCUACCUGGAAGUGUUGUAUGGAGAACCAGCAAUUGAUGAAAAUACAGUAGAGGUUAUUCUUUAUGUAGCACAAAUUUAUGGUACAGAUGGAGUUACGAAGAAGUGUGAGAAAUUUCUAAUUGAUAAAUCAGAGAAGAAAAUGAAGAAGAAGUUGCAGCUAGCGACCAAAUACAGGUUGGAGAAAUUGAAGAAACAUUGCUUCGACAAUAUCAAUACUGCCGCAGAGAUUCGAUCGGUUGUGUCAUCAGAAAUUAGUGAUAUGGAACCGUCGACAAUGGCAUCACUAUUCCAGAAAUCUCUAGCUCUUCUGGGAUAA